UAUAAAACUGUAUCAUGUCUUAAAAGAAAAGAAUUACGUAUUUUAAAAAGAUGUAGUUUAAAAAACCAUAUAAAUAAGUUGUGUUAUUAAUAUCAGUGAGGAAAAACCACAAGUAAUAAGCAUCGAGCCAUGGCUGGUCGAAAGCCAGUGACCAAGAAGGUUAUCAACUCACCGGAGACGUGUGUGGAUGACAACCUACGAGGUGUGGUGGCGGUGUACCCCGCUCUCAAGCUGCAUCCCAAGCACCGCGUUAUUACUGUCAGGACUAAGAAUGACACGGGUAGAGUAGCGGUCCUCGGCGGCGGAGGAUCCGGUCAUGAACCUUUUGCUGCUGGUAUGGUGGGUAGCGGCAUGCUGGACGGAGCGGUAGCGGGUGGAGUGUUCGCCUCACCCCCCACCGGACAUGUGCUGUACGGCAUCGCGCACCUCUACAAGUAUAACUCAGGUGGCGUGAUUGUGAUCAUCGGGAACUACACGGGCGACAGGCUCAACUUUGGCAAGGCUAUUGAAAAGGCAAAGAUUGCUGGCAUAAAGGUGGAAGGUUUGAUAGUGGGCGAAGACGUGGCGUCCAGUCAGAACAAGACGGGUGGCCGCAGCAUGGUCGGAGAGGUCAUCUUUUACAAGCUGUGCGGAGCGAUGGCUCAGAAAGGUUACGAGUUGGCGAACAUCCGCGACAUGGCGGCCGAAGCCAAUAAGUACAUGGCCACCCUCGGCGUCUGUCUGAGCGCUUGCUCCUUACCUGGUCAGCCACCACUGUUCGAGAUCCUGGCUGAUGAGAUGGAGCUGGGGGCGGGAGUGCACGGGGAGGCUGGCAUCCGCAAGAUGAAACUCGGCACUGCAAGGGAAGUCGUCGCUAUGAUACUUGACCAGAUAAUAGAUCAUCUGAAGUUAAAAGCGGGAGAUAGAAUAGCAGUGACCAUCGACAACCUGGGCAGCACCUCCUUCCUCGAGAUGAACAUCAUCAGCGCAGAAACGAAAGAUUACCUAGAAUCUAAACAGAUUGUAGUAGAGCGGAUAUUUGCCGGCCACCUCAAGACGUCACUGGAGAUGCACGGCUUCCAGAUCUGUGUGCUGCAUCUGAACAAGGAGCACGGGGACCUGUGGCUGGAGCUGCUAGACUUCCCCACUGACGCCUCGGGCUGGACAGGAGGCGUGGCGUCCCAGAGUGAGGACGUGGAUCAUGGAGACGAUCUUACCUUGCUGCAAGCUGAUGGAAGGGAGAUGACAGCAGGUCCAUCUCUAAGCGGCAAGCAGCAGGCGGUCCUCAAAGCCAGUCUGAUGGCGGCGGCGACGACACUGACGCAGAGCGAGGCGCUGCUCAACAGGCUCGACUCCGGCUGCGGGGACGGUGACUGUGGCAUUACGCUGAAGAAGUUUGCACAAGCUACUCUAUCAUACUUGGAGAAGGCCGAUUUGGAGCACCCGUCGAGUGUGCUGUGGGCGCUGUCUGAGGCGGCGGAGACCGACAUGGGCGGCACCUCCGGCGGCAUCUACAGCCUCGGCUUUGCCGCCGCCUCGCAGGCACUAGCUAAUGCGAAAUGUAUUGAUCCCGCGGCAUGGCUUUCGGCGUGGGAGCAGGCCAUGGCUGCCAUCACUAAGUACGGAGGAGCCGAACCUGGAGACAGGACUAUGCUUGACACUCUGCACACGGCGGCGACUGCGUUCAGAGCUAACCUCAACGCAGACCUGAAGACUUUACUGCAGAAGACCGCGGAUGCUGCGGAAGCGGGCUGCCGGGCUACUGCCAACAUGACGGCUAGGGCUGGUCGUGCGUCGUACGUGUCGUUGGAGCACGUGAGCGGCGAGGACGCAGGUGCGCGCGCCGCCGCGCUCUGGCUGCGAGCCGUACUUGACUCUAUUGCACAAGCAUAUUGAGCUCAUAUUACAAUGAAUACAUUAUUUUAUACCAAAAAUAAUAUU